AUGCUGCCAUCCGCCCUCUUCUCUUAUUUCGUCGGUUGGCUCUCUACGUUUGUAUUUCUUGAUAAGACAUCGGAGCUAGAGACGCAAAACAAACGACUUACCUUCCAUCUUCGCCACUUACACGCGCAUCAAGGCUCGCGCGUCCUCUUCUCUGACAUUCCUUCCUCUAACGAAGAUUUGGAUUCAAUCGCACCGCCAAAUGACGGAUAUACACUUCAAACUCGAUCGAGAACAUCACAUAAGCCGCGAUCUCACUCUGACUUCCUGGAGGCGCGGCGACGGUCGAUAAGGCAUGCGGAGUCCGCGCCUAUUCUAUGGAAUGCGGAGGAAAUUGAAGCACCCGAUGUCGAGCACAGAGAGACUCUCCUGACGCUCGCGAAGAUGACUUAUAACGCGUAUAUUGAGCCAAAAGACAAAGAUUGGUAUGAGCUUGGUGAUAAGUGGACUGACAAUUAUCCGUUUGGCUGGGAGCCCGAUGCGGAUGGGUUCCGAGGUUAUGUCUUCUCUACUGCAGACAACUCAACGGUUGUCCUAAGUAUAAAAGGCACCUCUGCUUCAUAUUUUGGAGGAAGUGGCGGCCCGACAGCAAAGAAGGACAAGCUGAAUGGCGAUCAUAAUCUUCUGUUUAGCUGCUGCUGUGCGCAUGUUGAUUGGACCUGGACGGAAGUAUGCAGCUGCUAUCGUGGUGGUUGGAACUGCGACCUUAAUUGCUUACAAGGAUCGCUCGUCGAAGAGAGUUUGUUUUAUCCUCUUGGCACUAAUAUAUACUAUAAUUUGACUUACAUGUACCCGAAUGCCAAUAUCUGGAUUGUGGGACAUUCGCUUGGUGGAGCGCUCGCUUCAUUGCUCGGUAUCACCUUUGGUGUGCCCGUCGUCGCGUUUGAAAGUCCUGGAGAGAAAAUGGCUUCUCAGCGGCUGCACCUACCGCAACCUCCUUCAACGCAACACGUAACGCACGUAUAUCAUACGGCAGACCCGAUUGCAAUGGGUACAUGUAACGGUAUAUUCUCGUCAUGUGCUCUCGGUGGAUACGCAAUGGAGAGUCGCUGCCAUCUUGGAGAAUCAAUAAUUUAUGACACAAUCUCAAACCUAUCAUGGGCCUCAGACGUCCGUACACAUACAAUCGCGACUGUUAUCGAGAAACUGCUUUCAGCACCAUGGGCGCCUGCCGUUGAGCAGGGACGGGAGGUUCCAGCACCGGAGAUCGAUGAGGAUUGUGUGGUAAGUUGCUGCGGCAUCUUCGUAUUUGUUAGCAUGAUUGCUGAUUUACUUUCCUGUCAUUGUUGUCCCGCAGGAAUGCUACAAAUGGGAAUUCCACGAGUUUGUAAACGGAACACGUUAGAUAAUUUUUUUUACGGAACACGUACUAUAUAG